AUGGAGUUCACUGCGUCGCCCAAGCCCCAGCUCUCCUCCCGGGCCAACGCCUUCUCAAUCGCCGCGCUCAUGUCGAGUGGCGGCUCCAAGGAGAAGGAAGCUACGGAGAACACCAUCAAACCCCUGGAGCAAUUCGUGGAGAAGUCGUCCUGCGCCCAGCCGCUGGGCGAGCUGACCACCCUGGAUGCUCACGCCGAGUUCGGCGGUGGCGGCGGAAGCAGCAGCAGCAGCAGCAGCCCGGCCGCCUCGCUGUGCACGGAACCGCUGAUCCCCACCACCCCCAUCAUCCCCAGCGAGGAAAUGGCCAAAAUCGCCUGCAGUCUGGAGACUAAGGAGCUCUGGGACAAAUUCCACGAGCUGGGCACGGAGAUGAUCAUCACCAAGUCGGGCAGGAGAAUGUUUCCAACUAUCCGGGUGUCGUUUUCGGGUGUGGAUCCCGAGGCCAAGUACAUAGUCCUGAUGGACAUCGUCCCCGUGGACAACAAGAGGUACCGCUAUGCCUACCACCGCUCCUCCUGGCUGGUGGCCGGCAAGGCCGACCCGCCGCUGCCUGCCAGGCUGUAUGUGCACCCAGAUUCUCCUUUCACUGGUGAGCAGCUACUCAAGCAGAUGGUGUCUUUUGAAAAAGUGAAACUCACCAACAAUGAGCUGGAUCAACACGGCCAUAUAAUUUUGAACUCGAUGCAUAAGUACCAGCCACGGGUGCACAUCAUUAAGAAGAAAGACCACACUGCCUCAUUGCUCAAUCUGAAGUCUGAAGAAUUCAGAACCUUCAUCUUCCCAGAGACAGUUUUUACGGCGGUCACUGCUUAUCAGAAUCAGCUGAUAACCAAGCUGAAAAUAGAUAGCAAUCCUUUUGCCAAAGGAUUCCGGGACUCCUCCAGGCUCACUGACAUUGAGAGGGAAAGUGUGGAGAGCCUGAUUCAGAAGCAUUCCUAUGCCCGCUCGCCCAUCCGUACCUAUGGAGGAGAAGACGACGUCCUGGGGGAUGACAGUCAGACAACACAAAGCCGAGGGUCAGCCUUUACAACAUCUGAUAACUUGUCUCUCAGUUCCUGGGUGUCAUCUUCUUCCAGCUUUCCUGGAUUUCAGCACCCACAGCCCCUGACUGCUCUUGGCACCAGCACGGCCUCUAUAGCCACCCCCAUUCCUCACCCCAUGCAGGGUUCUCUGCCGCCGUACAGCCGACUUGGGAUGCCCCUGACCCCAUCGGCCAUUGCCAGCUCCAUGCAAGGGAGUGGCCCAACAUUCCCUUCCUUCCACAUGCCCCGAUACCAUCACUACUUUCAGCAGGGGCCCUAUGCUGCCAUCCAAGGACUGCGCCACUCCUCGGCUGUGAUGACGCCAUUUGUAUGA